AUGCCCCCUCGCAAGCCCCGCGCCGCUCGCUCUACGGCCCCUACGCCGUCCCCAGCACUUCCCGGCGGCGGAAAAUCCAGGUCGAGCCGAUCCCGCUCAAACAAGACGGAUGCGAGCAGCAGCAGCGAGACGGCCGAGUCUGGUGUCGGCGCCGUGGUAGAAACGGACGAGGAUGAGCAGGGGGAUGAGACUGCGACUGCUAUUGAUGGCGAGGCGGUGGACGCCGAAGAGGCGGAGGACGUUGAUGGAGGUGUGGGAGAGUGUGAGGCGGCCGGUGGCGAGGAUGCCGAGCCCGUGGUGGAGGCGGAAGCUGUAGCGGGAGGAAGUAAGGGCAAGACAUCGAUGGAGGAGCGGAUGGCGAAGCUCAAGGAUCUUCGCAUGCGGAUGAACCAAAGCACCGCCGCCAACAGACAGGAUCUCGUGACCGACCACCAGAAGCAAAAAGUCACCGCUAAGGAGCUCCAGCGACUCGAAAAGCAGAAGAAGCUCGCUCAGACACUACGGCUCAAGACGGAGGCGGAGGCGUCAGGGGAGGAUGUGGAACGGCGCAAGGCGUGGGAGUGGAGUAUCGAGCAGAAUGAGAGGUGGGAGGCCAAGCAGGAGGAGUCGAAGAUCAAGAGUGACACGCACUUUCACAACGCUGAGGACGACGCCUGGAAGCUGUACAACCGGAAUAUUCGAUCUACCAAGGCCGACCUGCUAUCGUACGAAAAGCAAAAGGAGGCUGCGCUCGGUCUCGCGCCGGGAACGCUCGUACCCCUCAACGCAACAUCGCAGUCCUUGCAGGCCAGCGGAUCUCGACGGCCUGGUGCACUGUCCGCGGCUGAGGAUCUGUAUCGCGGGGCGGAUACUUUGGCUUAUGGUGACAGCAAGCCGAGUGAGGACGCGGUGGAUCGGCUCACAGCCAAGAUCAACAAAGAUAUGGACAAGCCUGGCAAGCGGAAGAAGAGGGUCGAGGAGGAGGGCGAGAUCAAUUAUAUCAACGACCGGAACAAGGUCUUCAACAAGAAGGUUGCGAGGUAUUACGACAAGUAUACCAAGGAGAUCCGCGCCAACUUCGAGCGAGGAACCGCCCUCUGA